AUGCUGCCAAACUUUUAUUUAUACCUUGCCAGCUGUGUGCUGCUGCUCGCCUUGUCCUGCCAAGUCUCUAUGGGAACCCCAAUGCCCAUGCCGCGGAGUUUAGACUCUGAGAAAUGCUCGCAGUGCGCUGACCUCUCCAGAGAGCUCGUCAAGAAUGUUAAAAAGCUCCUGGACAACGAAAACCUGUUUGGGGGUUUGAACUGCUCGGAGCAGCGCGUGGAGGUGAACAGUAAGACCCAGACAGUCCUAGCCUGCGAACCCAACACGGACAUGAACACAAGCUGCUCUGGUCAACGGAACACCACAUUCAGUGAGAGUGAGUGUCUGAGGAACAUCCGAAUAGACCUAGAACAUUAUGCUGCCUCACUACAGGCUUACAAACAGGCCGACCUCAGCUCCACUGCCCAGGACACCCAGAACCUACUCAAUAUUUGUCCAUCCACACAAUGGGUGUCUUCCUCACAGGUUGCAGACCCUAAGCUGACUAGUGGUGACCCUGUGGACCAGAGGGUCCAUCUGUGUAAGGUACUGAAGGGUUUCCACCUCCGGGUCAUCACCAUCAGCAGAGCCAUGGGAUACAUCUCUGCUGGGGACCACAGGAAGUAAACCCUCAUCUUCAACACCAUCCCAUUCCUCAUCAUCAUCAACUAUAACAAGUAUUGACAAUCAUCUUCAUCAUCAUCACCUACAACUGUAACAAGUUCAUCAUCAGAAACACAGAUUGUUAUCUUCUUCAUCAUCAUCAACUACUUUGUCAUCAUAACUGCAUCAUCAACUAUAACAAAUAUUGACAAUCAUCAUC